GCCCAGCGAACCCUGCUGCUGUCCAAGCAACGUCCGUUCACGAAUCGGAUUGUAUGUGUUUUCUAUUCAUUGGAAUGAUUGUGAUGUUGGAAAAAGGUGAUAUCGAAAUAAUAUUCCAAGGUUAAUCAGAAUUCAGAUAAUGGAAUGCUACGAGUCUGUCUCAAUGGAACCUGGUGUUGAUCCAAAUAAGUUAACUGGAAUGGUAUAUGAGAAUAUCUCUGAUGAUGAAGAGAUUGAAACAAAACCUUUCCCUAUGAUAAAGAUAGAGGAAACUGAAUUAAGCUGUUCUAGUGUGGCAUUAAAUUAUGGAACAGAAGAGGCUAACCCAUUACCCCUGUCAUAUCUCAACACCAAUAUGGCAGCACCAGCUUCUUUCCACAACCUAGCAGAUGUUCCUGUUCACAUCGCAAAGAAAGAGUCUGAUUGGGAUUUGAGUGAUACAAACACUGAGAAAACACUGGAUAUUUGUCAAAAUAUACUCCCAAAUAUGUCCGAUGUUGAUAGUGCCAAUGAAUGUAGUAUAUCAUUGCAAAAUGUUUGUUUGACACAAUCACCAAGUAGCAGUCUGUCAGAAGAAGUUGCAUCUCCUGCUAUCAAACUGUAUAGAGAAUACAAAAGUUCACCUCGCAAGAAACAUCGUAGGAAAAGCAAAACACAUGCAAGGAUAACACCUAAAAAGUCAAAAAAGAAGAGAGUUCAGGAACCUUUUGUGUUUGAAUAUGCCAAUGAUGAAGAAACUUAUUCAUUGGAAUCUGAUAAUGUUUUGGAUAUAGCAAACGCUGCCAAAACAGGAGAAUCGGCUGUUGAUAUUGCAGCUAAUAUUGUUGAAAGAAAUUGUCACAUACUUGGUGCAAAAAGCAUGAGUCUGAGAACUCCUUUGGAAAGCAGUAAGAGCCAAUCAACACUUCCUUUCGAAAUUGCACCAUCACGAAAAAGAGGCCGACCUAGGAAAAAACCCUUCACAGCACAGGAACAAAGUUCAGCCUCUGAGGAAUAUGAAGAUUCCUGUAGGAAGAUAAACGAACAAGAACAGCAACAGAUUAUUGGAUUUCGUAUUGCUGAUGUGGGAAGUUCUGAGACUGCUGGAGCAGUUAUUGUCAGUUCCCCACUAGUAUGCAACAGUACGGUACCUCCAAAGAAACGCAAAAUGGAAAUAAAAUCGGCUUUAAAACAGCCUAAAGUAGAGGAAGACAUUUCCUUUUCCGGUGAUGAGAUUGAAGUGUCUUCAUCAAGCUCACCAACAAAACCUCCUUGUGCACGUGGUCGGCCAAAAAAGUCAAAGAAGAAAAAGAAAUCCCCAAGAAAACGAUUAGCACACAGAAUAGGAAGGCCCCCAGUACUUGGGAAUUUCAAAUGUGACCGAUGUGACUUGGUGUUCCGAGAACGUCCUAAGCUGAUACAGCAUAGAAAAAAGCAUGUCAGACCAUUUAUAUACUGUUCUUACUGCGAUUUCAGAGCCAGAAGUAGGGAAUCUUUUAUGGAACAUGAAUCCAAGCAUACCAAAGCUAAACCGUUUAAGUGUGAACUGUGCCCAUAUGCUUCCAGAUCUAGAAUUGAUUUGCAGCGUCAUCAGGCUAAACAUUCAAAAGUUAAAAACUACAAAUGUCCUUAUUGUGAUUUCACAACAAAAUGGCGGCGCAAUGUUUCAGGUCAUCUUUUGAGCCAUGUAGAUGAUCGUCCAUUUCAUUGUGAAAUAUGUGGACAAAGCUUUAAGAGGUCGUGUGACUUGAAAUAUCAUCUUUACCGUCAUACAUCCGAAAAACCUCUGCAGUGUGAAGAAUGUGAAUUUAGAUGUAAAACAAAGUACGAGUUGAACCUCCACAAAUUUAAGCACAGUGAUGUUCGGUCUUUUCCAUGUACACAUCCAGGUUGCACACAGGCAUGCAAAACCAAAUCUGACUUGGCCAAGCACAUGCAUGUUCACUCAGAAGAAAGGAAUUACCCGUGCCCAUUAUGUGGAAAAUAUUUCAAGUCCCCAUCAGCAAGGAACAAACACGCACAACGACACACUAACGAGAGACCAUUUAAAUGCGAUAUUUGCAAUAAGGGUUUCAAGGUCAAAUCAUCUCUUGGAAAACACCGUCAAUUACAUAGCGGAAUAAGACCAUUCUCCUGUGAUGUAUGUGAUCGCACCUUUUCAAACAAGUCAAAUAAGGAAGUACACAUGAGAACUCAUGACACAACAAAUCGUCCUUAUCGCUGUCCGUUGUGUCCAUAUGGAGGGAAAUCACAACAAAAUCUGUUGGCCCAUGUUGGUACAAUGCAUGGAAAUUAUGCAUUCUUUUGUGAAUUGUGCAAGAGGCCUUAUAAACGGCAUAGUCAGUUACAACUGCAUUAUAAGAGAAUGCACACGAAAAAAGAGCUGGAAAAACUUAAUAGCCUAGAUAGUUUGGAUAUGACAUUGAUUAAGGGGGAGGAAGAUGAGGCACCAGAUACGAGUCAAGACGAAGGAAUAUCAGAGGAUCAGUCGGGCAUAAAUCACAUUCUUAAACAAAUUAAACAGGAAUCUAGCGUGGACGAAGAAAGCACCGCUGAUGCAUCACCUAUUGAUAUUCCAGGUUUGAAAAUGGAGUUAACCUCAACUGUCGAAGAAAAACAAAAUCAGCCUUUCCCCAAAAAAAGAAAAAGGGGAAGACCUAAAAAAAGGAAACCACCGAAAAGGAAAACCGAACCACCACAACCGGAACAUCUCGGUGACAAACACGUCAAAUAUAUAGGUGAACCUUCGCACAAACAGCAGAAAAGAAGCAAUAACCAACAAGAAAGUGGGAAAACCGCAGACAAAAAUGAGAGAAGUAGCAUAGGAAAAGAGAUUGCCGACUGUAUUACUGUAGAUAAGCCCGCAACUCUCGAAGAACAACCCAAACCUUGCCCCGUGAAGAGGAAAAGGGGAAGACCGAGAAAAAGGGUCGUGUUUAACUUUAACUCCGUUAAAAAAUCAAGUAAUAAACAGAAUGUCGAUUGUGGAAAUACAGACGACAGUGAAAAUAAGGAGCAACAGACAGUGGAAAAAGAACUACCAGUACAAGAACAUCAAAGUGACAAGCACAUAAAAUGUGUAAACGACACCGACCAUAAUGAGCUAAAGAAAACUGAUAACCACCAGCACAAACAAAAAGGACAUACAGCAGAUGAAAGGCAAUGUAGCCCAUCCGCAGUCGGGGGUCAAAGUAAGCCUUUAGUAGACGAAAGUCAAAUUGGGCUUUCCUUAGACGACGGUCCAAGUGGAAAAUCUACAGACACCAAUCAAAUUAAACUUUCUAUACGCAGCAGUAAAAGAUUGCACUCAAAAGACAUACGAAAAAGUAAUCAAUCUGCAGACAAUUAUCAGAUUGAGCAAUCAAUAGGUGAUGAGUAUAUCAGCCGAUCUGCAGACAACAUUCAAAGUGAUCACCCAUCAGACAACAGUCACUUAGUCGACAACAGUCAAUGUGAGCACUUGGUCGACAACAGUCCUCGCAAACACUCAAUAGACAAAAGUGGAAGUGGUCCAUCUGCAGAAAACAACCAAUGUGAACAUUCCCCAGACAAUAGUCAAAGUCAGCAAUUAAUUGUUAAGAGUCAAAGUAUACCCUCGGUAGACAAAUGCCCGAGUGAGCACUCGGUAGACAUCACUCAACAUGGUCAAUGUAUAGGCAACAGUGAAGGUGAAUACUCUAAAGACAAGGGUCAAAAUAAACACUCAACAGUCAUUAGUCAAAAUGAACACUCAACAGUCGUCAGUCAAAGUGAACACUCCACAGCCAUCGGUCAAAGUGAACAUUCAACGGACAAAAGUCAAAGUGAACACUCGACAGUCAUCAGUCAAGGUGAACAUUCAACAGGUAAGAGUCAAAGUGAACAUUCAACAGUAAUCAGUCAAAGUGAAUACUCAUUAGUCGUCAGUCAAAAUGAACACCCGACAGAUAAGAGUCAAAAUGAACACUUAACAGACAGAAGUCAAAGUGAACACUUAACAAAUAAGAGUCAAAUUGAACACCUAACAGAUAAGCGUCAAAGUGAACACCUAACAGAUAAGCGUCAAAGUGAACACCUAACAGAUAAGCGUCAAAGUGAACACCUAACAGAUAAGCGUCAAAGUGAACACACAACAGAUAAGAGUAAAAGUGAACACUUUACAGUCAUCAGUCAAAGUGAACACUCCACAAAUAAGAGUAAAAAUGAACACUCGACAGAUAAGAGUAAAAGUGAACACUUUACAGUCAUCAGUCAAGGUGAACACUCAACAGGUAAGAGUAAAAAUGACCACUCAAUAGACAAGAAUCCGAAUGACAACUCAACAGUCAUCAGUCAAAGUGACCACAUAACAGACAAACGUAAAAGUGAGCAGUCAAUAGACAACGAUCAGACAUUGAGCUCGGUUGACGAUAGACAAAGUGAAGGUUUGGCGGCGGAAGACAUGAGAGAUAACUCGACGGAAGACGGUAAAAAUGACUCGAUAAGCAGCACUUCUAAUGGACAAUGUGUAGACAGUAGCUCGAGUGGGCACUCGGAAGAUCGCGAAAUCGUUGGACACAUUGCAAGAGGACACUCGUCAGUAGAAAGGUGUAUCAGAAGGUACUCUUCUAGAAUCGAUUCAGGCGUAAACGGCAGUCCAUGUGGGCACGUUCAGUACACUGUAGACAACAAACCAAAUGAACACGGUGAAAAUCACACAGAAAUCUUAGUCGAUGAAGAUGACGCACAAAUAUCACACCAGGAAAUGGAUAAAGAAACGCAUUUCAUACAUAAUGAAACUCACGGCAAUGUUGUCGAUAGACAAUCAUCGUCUCACGAUUUAAGUAUGGAUGAGAAUCCAACUAAUGGAGAAAAUAAUACAAUACUAUAUGAUUUAUAUUCUGUGAAUGAUACAGCUUCCCACAGAAACCAAAACGCCAAAAAAACUAAUGUUCGAGGAGAAUUUGAAGAAAUUCGUCUAAAGACUGCACCUGCAGAAGACGGUAAUUUGGAACAAAAACGUGAUGGUUCUAAUAGACUUCCUGGUACAAUGGUAGAUUCUGCACAUAACACUUGCAGAAGAGAAGGAGUGUCUAACAGGCACCAAGCCAACAGCUCACGAGAUGACUGCGUAUCUGUGAACAUUAAAGAUACAGAUGAACUUUCACACUCCACAGAAGAUAAAGAUCAAGACGAGCUGCAGAAAUAUGUAGAGGAAGACGACCAUCAAGCGGACAAUUCAGAUCCUACUGCUGAGAAACAUGGAAAUAAGCAGAAUUUUAGCAUUGAAAAUAGUGACGAUACCCUUGUGGGAUCGUGUUCAUUAUCUCGCAAUGCGAGUAAUACAGGACCUUCCGAUUCCUCAGAAAUAUGUCAUCCUCAAGAAAGUUGUGGGAAAGUGGAUGAGAAUUGCGAAAUUGGGAGUCAGAGAACAAUAGUUAAACCCUCUGAAGGUCAAGAAGCAGAAAAACAACUAAUGCAGAAAAACCAAACAUCUGUUAAUACUACCAAUUCCAAUUCUACUUGGACUAAAUUUGAUGAUAACUUCAGGCUCCCCCUUGCUACAAAGGGUUUCCACUUUAAUUUUAGAAAAACUGGUAAGAAACCCAAAUGUUGGUUUAUGGAUCUAGAUGUUAUGGAUGAGGAGUCCAAGAAUCGUCAGCUUCAAUACUUGCGCAGAAAAGCUAGAAUGGUAUCUAUUGGAAAAAUACAGGAAAAGAAGAGGCAAGCGCGAAUGUCUGGUCACAGGAAAAGGCAUAAACUGACAUCUGAGGAUCGAUUGAAGGGCAACAAGAACACAUACAAGUCUUUUCGAAAGCAUAGAAAGGAAUCGACUCUGACAAGUAUCACAAAGAAUCCUGUUUCAGAACAGGGUGGCGCUCACAGACAUUACACAAGUCGGUUGGACGGGAAGAAAGUUUCCAAAGAGGAUCUUUUUAAACUGAAUAAAAGUGAAGGAACUAUGUUGAAACCCAAACUGUCUAUUGUAUCUAAUGAGGUUUCGGAGUCGUGUAUGCAGAAAGUGAAAGGUAUUUCUUUGACAUCGAGACGUCUACCUUUUAAAAAGAAAUACAUUAAAUUGGAAUUAGAUUCAGAAGGUCAUUGCGUCAAACCGGAAGAGAAUUAUCCCAUUGAAGACAUGACAGACACUACCGUACCGGAUGAAAGGACAACGGAUCCUAAGAAGUCUGUACCUAAAAAUGAAACCAACCAAGGAAAUAAAUUUAAAGAUUUGGAAGCAAAUCAUACUGAGGUCAACAAGAAUGUAUUGAGAGAGAACGAAGGGACCCAUCAGGAGUUAAACGAGGAGCCGUCCACAGCGGAACAGGUUUUAGAGGCGGACGCCAACAAACAUGACAGGAGAAAGCUGAAUUCCAUAAAAACGAAAGCAGUCAACAAAAAGAAGGCGAUGGAAUUUGAUGAUUCUGCAGUGAAGCGUGGACGUGGCCGACCUCCAAUGACUGGUGUUAGAAUAAAAACUGGAGGAUCAGUGAAAUUGAAGCUUCAGGAGAAAAUAAAGCAGAGACAGGUAGAACCAAAAUCAAGGGCAGCUGCUCUCUCCCUAACUACAGAUGGAGAGGUUAUGAACAAUUCAGGAUAUGAUGGAACGCUGACAAGGAAAAGGAAAGAAGUGACCUCAAAGAGAAAGUCACGUCAGUGUUUGGUUUGUAUGAGAGAUAUGCUUUAUGGAAAGGGCAGUUUAGAUGAAUAUCCAGAAAACAUGACUUGCCAUUUCUGUGAACUUGACAAGUGCUCCUCGGCAGAGUUUGAAGCAAAUAGUUCAAAAAACAUAUAUGAAAAGAUUGACCUUGGAAGUGAUAGUGAGGAAAGUGAGGAUGGUGAACUCUUCACAAAGAAUGUGUAUGUAGUAAAGCCACCAGUCGAUAAAGCUGUAAUUCAGCCUUCUGUCCCGCGUUAUAGCAGGGGGAGUUAUAGUAAUGAUUCAUUAAACAUUGGAAAUGUUAGAACCUAUGUUGUGUCUAAAGAAAUGAACAAGGAAGUUUCCUAUGAAUUAACUGAUGUCAAAAUGAAUGUAGUUAAUAAUGUCACUAGUAAUGUUGCUGAAACUCUGUCAGAGGCACAUGGAACAAGUGAGAAUCAGCUAUAUCAGUCAAAGCCAGCUACAUCAGAUGACAGCAAUACAAGUGUUAUAAAACUAAUAUACUGCAAAGGAUCAUUUGAAUCUGAAGAACCAGUGGAUAUCAAACCUGACCAAGAAUCACUAGAUUUUUUUCAAGUCCAAAUUAACAAUCAUGAAGAUACUGGUAAGUCAGUUGAAGUAAUGGAAGGAGUCAACAGCAAAGUGGUGUUUCACCAAUAUCCAAUACAAGUCACCAAUACAUGUGUAUCAGACAAUCUUGUACAGGCAUCAUCUGAACAGACAAUCAACAGUCCUGAGGAGAAUGGCAAUUUAUAUUACUCGUAUGUUUCUACCGGUGCACUGGACGAAGUCAACAGUAAUAAUAACAAUAUGAGAAUAUUAGACAAUCCUGUCUGUCCAGUCAAUGUCAACAUUUCUAAGGAGGACAUUUGUGGGGGUGAGGGAAGUGAACAGCAUCCAACCGACACAAAGUUAUAUGUUUACUGUGACGACGUGGCAGCCAUGAGAUCUGGCACAGGGAAUGACAAUCAAGAUGAGAAUGCCAAGGCCCUUUGGAGUGAUCCUUAUGUGAAGACUGUAGUGGAGGAUCUGGGUAGUGAUACACGACUAAUAAACGGACAAACAGAAAAUGUAACAGCUGAAAAUUACCUUGGGUGUAAAGUUAAGGUAGAAAAAGAGGACAUAAGCAAUGAGCUCCCAGAUCUGGUAGAUGGUCCUGUCAUACAGUCAUCUUAUAACAACAAAACGUAUGCUACAGCUGAUGUCUCAACAGACAUCAAGCCUCUGCCAGUUUAUCAUUUGUCAGAAACCGCUCUGAAGUAUCAUGCAGAACAGGAUCAGGGUUUGGAACUAAACUCAGUGUCUGACAGCACAAGCAUUCCUGGACAAGAUCCUUCAUCAUGUCUUCCUGUUAUACUGGAUGUUCGAUCAAUCAAGGAAGAACCAGAUUUUGAUGGUGUAUAACGUGAUGAACAAGUCAUAUAUAUAUGUUUCUGUGCUCUGAGAGUAUUACUGAUAUACAUGUACAAGUGUCGAGUCAUGUAGUUCUACACUCAUGGUUAUGUUUAUGAAAGGUUGAUAAUUUUGUAGUUCAUAUUCUUCAAUCCUUUAAUUUGAAUGUGUACAGGAGCUAAUUCCAAACUUUUUUACUAAGAACAUUAGUAAGAAGUCAUAACCUGAUUGUUUUAUGGUGAACUUUUAUAGUGAUUUUAAGUUUAUACCAUAUUGCAUUGUUACUAUGAUUCUUAAUAAUUUUGAAUAAUGAUGUAUAUAUUUGUUACACUUGUUCAUUAUGCAUAUGUUGAAAACCAAAAUAUGGUUAUCAUUACCUUGUCAUCAUGUUUAUAUAUACACAUCAUCAUUUUAUCAAAUUCAAGCUGAUAGAAAAACCAGCUAUAUAUAGAACCUUGCAGAUUCAGCAAAGAACUUGAGUUUACUUUGAGACAAAGCUGUCUGCUAUCUGAGACCAUUAUACCAUGAAUCAACACCAAACAACAAACUUCUAACAGAUGGAUACACAUGUACAUACAUGUAUAUAUCUACCAGGAGGGCGCGCUCAGGCAUAUAUCGCAGCAAGAUAACAGGUACUACAUGCAUAAUUAAGAAAUAUCCCAUGAAUGUUGUUAGGAUUGUCAUUGUUACUUAUUAAUUGAAAAGUAAAAUUGUAUAUGUAGA